GUUGCUUCAGUUGCAGCAGCAGCGGCAGCAGCAGCGGCAGCAGCAGCAAAAGCAGCGAAAGAAGCGGCUUUGUCGACUCCCUCUUGCUCCUCCUCUCCCUCUCGCGCUGUCCCGCAGCCUCUCCCGCUCGCCCUUUCCCGCUGUCCCCUCCUCUCCCAGUCUCUCUCUCCCCCUGCUGGGCCGGGCCAUGCCCCCGACCCGCCCCCGGCCCCGGGCGGAGCUGCCCCGUCCCUGUCCCUGUCCCCGUCCCCGUCCCCGUCCCCGUCCCCGUCCCCGUCCCUGUCCCCGGCCGUCCCGCCGCCGUCUCGCCCCCGCCCGGCUCUGGCCGUGCUGGCGCUGGCGCUGCUGGGCGGGCAUCAGUGCCUGGGGCUGGGGCGGCAUCGCCGCCCUUUGGCUCCACCUGGCCCGAGCCCGGCCCCGGCCCCGACGUGGGCUCCAGUCCCGGCCCCGGCCCCGGCUCCUCCCGGGCCCCGCGGAGGACACAGGCGGCGCGGCCGCUGCCGCCGCCUCCGCUGCGGCUUCCCCGGCCCGAGCUCCGCCGCUCGGCAGCGCGGCCGCCGGCCCCGAGCCGCCGCUGUCCCGUUGCCAGCAGAGAACGCCUGGGGAUGGCCGGCCCGGGGCGCUCGGGGGGCGCUCGGGGGCCGCUCCUGGCCCCGGGCCGAGCGCUGACAGCCGCGUCCCGCCCGCAGGGAAGGCGCAGGAGGCCCUGCAGGAGCGGUACCGGCUGGGUUCGCUGCUGGGCAGCGGCGGCUUCGGCAGCGUCUUCGCGGCCACGCGGCUCUCGGACGGCGCCCCGGUGAGCGGCGGGGCCGGCGGCGGGCGCACUGAACCCGCUGCUCUCCCUUGCUCGCAGGUGGCCAUCAAAAGGGUGCCGCGGGAUCGCAUCCGGCACUGGGGCGAGCUGCCCGACGGCACCAGCGCACCCCUGGAGGUCGUGCUGCUGGCCAAGGUGGCCUCUGGCUGCGCUGGUGUCAUUCAGCUCCUGGAGUGGCUCGAGCUCCCCGACAGCUUCUUGCUGGUGCUGGAGCGCCCGGAGCGGUGCCAGGACCUGUCGGGUUUCCUGGCGGAGCGGAGGUUCCUGCCGGAGGAGGAGGCGCGGGGGCUGUUCCGCCAGGUGCUGGAGGCCGUGCGGCACUGCACCAGCUGCGGGGUCCUGCACAGGGACAUCAAGCCCCAGAACAUCCUGCUCGACCUGGCCACGGGGCGGGUGAAACUGAUCGACUUUGGCUGUGGCGCCUUCCUCCAAGACACAGCCUUCACCCAGUUUGCAGGAACCCUGUCCUACAGCCCACCAGAGUGGAUCCACCACCGACGCUACCACGGCGAGGCAGCGACCAUCUGGUCCCUGGGCCUCCUGCUGUGCCACCUGGUCAUGGGCAAGCACCCGUUCAGGAGGGGCCAGGAGAUCAUCUGGGGGCGGAUCUUGUUCCCACGACGGCUCUCUCAAGAGUGCCAGGAUGUCAUUAAGAGGUGUUUGUCCAUGCAGCCCUUGGACAGGCCGUCCUUAGAAGAGCUUUUCUGUGAUCCUUGGGUGCAGGGUGUUCCUCUGCCCUAGAGGAUGGGAGAGAUCCACGUGCACAGUUGGAUCCAGGGGCCUGGCAGGGAAGGAGAAGGAGCCCCUGGAGAAGCUGCACCAGGUGGGGCUGCUGCUGCUGGAGACACCAAGGACAACCUCAAGGAUGACAAUCUCUUCCUCGGCCUGGCCAGCUGAAGAUGAUGGACUUGGAUUCUGGCACCUUCUCCAAAGCCAGGCUCCACAGGGAAUCUGCAGAUGAGUCCACACGCAGGGGGAUGCUCCCAGAUUUGGGCAUUGCUCAGAUUGGCUGGGAGCCAAAGGUUGCCCCUUUGCUGGGGCAGAUGCAGCUGAUCCUUCAGUCGGCUGCCAGGCUGCUUUUGGCAGGGCUGGGGGCAUGGGCUGGGGUGGGUACGAAAUGGGAGUGGGCUCCUGGCCCUGCCAACAGCCCCCAGCACCCACCGUGCCCCGGGCUGGGGCUGGGGCUGGGGCAGCCAGCCCGACACAAACAAACCCCCAUGGUGUGAGCAGAGGUGGGACUCCAGAACCUGUGCAGGGGCUGCUUUGCUUUGCAGGCAAGGAAGGGCUUGGGCUGCUCCACUGCCCCUGUUUGCUUUGGGAUCAGCAUUAUUUUGGGGGGCAGUGCAGGGGGGAAGGGAGAAAUCCUGGGCUUCCCUCACCUGUGGGUGGGUUUUUCCCCGGCAUGCAGG